AUGGCGCAGGUACGCCCUUCGGUUCCGGGGCGCAGCUCCUCCAGCGGCGCGUUUGAAAGCAAGCUCAGCCAACAACUAUCACAAUCCCAAAUUCAAGCCGACCCUUUCUCGUCGCAACGAGAAUAUAUGCCACACUCACCCAAGUCACGAUCACUUUCUGAUGCCUCACGGCCUACAACCAUGGCGCAGCCCUCGUCGGGGGACCUAAGUCGACCCCCCAGCAAGGACGACAGCGCCAUCCCGUCCAUACCAGCAACGCCGAGCAGAUCGACGACGCUGCACCAUCCGAACCUCUCACUGAAUCUGAACUCCAAAGUCGCCCUAUCUCCAUCCAUCACCAAUCGUGCGCCCCUCUCCCCCAAACUCGACUCCACUCAAAUCGCCUAUGGAUCGCCUGGCUCAGUCCUGCCACGACGCUCUCGCGGUCUUGAUUUCUCUCGCGCUUGCACCAAUCUACAUCAUUCGACACUCGCAGAAUCCUCGCCCGACUCCUCACCAACCGUUGGAGGGCGAGGUAUGAUGAUUCCACAGCGGCGUAGCUCCCCAGGUCUCACCUCCGGCCCGCCAUUUUCGACUUCUGGACCCGCAGACCGCACGGCGAUCUCCAGUUCAGUCUCGAGUGUGAACAUGAUGGAGUCUGAUACCAGUAGUAGCGAAGAUGAUGAUGACGCCAUGAUGGGUGACCGCGAUGAUGUGAUUCUCAGCACGCCACAGGCAGCGAGGAUGGGGAGUGCGUCCAGCCUCUUUGCGAGUGGUCCCGUUCAAAGCCCCGGCAACGAGUGGAUGGGCGGUUACUCUCAAGCUGCGGCCAGCUUGAUGAGCUUCCAGCGCGCUCGAAUUCGCAAGGGGCGGAGCCGGCACAGCUCAAGCAGCGCCAGUGGGAAUAGCUCCAAGCCGAGCCCAGGUCCCCAUUCUCCCCCCGUGAUGAAGAGCGUUGAAAAUCCAGGAGCUGGUUAUUUUGCGCCUCGGCAUUCCAUUCAUUCCCGCCGUGAGUCCCUCAGUUUGGGCACUCGAGAUCUGCGGCUGUCUGAUCUUAGCGACGAUGGCGAGAGCCGUGGCGCUCGUGGAGGGAGUCCCUCUGGAGUAUCGCAUCCUGAAAGUGGCCCGCUGGGCGUGAUUCGAAGAGCCGUGACUCGUCGUGGAAGUCUCUUGCCUAAAACAAAGACCUUUGCCCGGAUCCGGGCUGCGCUGAUGGAAGAAGGUGCGCCUGUCGAUAGCGACAUGAAACGUGAAGCGGAAGUCGUCCGGCAGGUCCGUGAUACGGAGCCCGAGACAUCCCCCCCUUUACAUGCGGUUCCCUCGCUUCGGCCGUCGCAGCCGGGGCCAGAUACGCUCGACAUGGACCCCACGGAUACCGCGCCGAAGCCUGAAAUGUCGAUGGCUUCAGCCAACAGUUUCAGUAAGCAUGCGAGCCAGAACUCUGGUGGGGUUGAAUUCUGGAACGCCAUGGACGGACGAUAUCGCACUCCCCCUCCGACUCGGCAAGGGGGGUCGGUGUUCCCUACGGACGAGGACAUCUCAAUGGACUUGACUCCCUCCACCACCUUGGGGUCUGCGACCGAAUCAAAGCAGCGGUCUCGAUCUUCCACCCCGCAUGCCCCGGGCAUGUCCGCGAUUGGAGAAAUCUGUCGCAAGCGUCGCCGAGACGACGAUCUCGACCCAAACCUUUUCAAACGACGGGCCGUCUCGCCCAGCGUGAGUACGCAAGGAAGUCCCGUCUUGGCCCAUUCGUCAACGAUUGACACUAGUGGACCUAACAUAUGGGGUCCGCCGUCUAAGCUUGGACCUCCGUUCUCGGAGCGCCCAGUCGUGGAGCCUGGUAAUGGCUUCAGCCCGAGCGAGGGCAUGAGCAAAACCGGCAAUGGUGGCAGUCCUGGUACUGGGAACACGCCCGGUGGCCACCGGACCAGCCUCCAUGCAGGGACGACGAAGCGGGUCGGUCUGCAGGGCAUGACCGAAGCUAGUGACGGAUUUAUGAAUAUGAGCAUUGAGUGA